AUGUUAAAUUUAAAUCAAAUUGAAAAUGGUCGAUUGACAUAUAAAGAUAAUAGUGGUAAUGUCACAUGUGUAUGUUUCUCACCGGAUGGUACAGCAUUAGGAACAGGAACAGAUAAAGGUGAAAUAAAAUUUUUUUCAAUUAAUUUUGAUCAACCAAAAACAUGCCGUUUUCAUUAUUCAUCGAUCGAUUCUGCAUUCCAUCUAUCAUCACAAUUACCAAUUCUUAAAGCUUCAAUUGAUUUAACUUCACAUUUUCUUGUUCCUUCUGAUAUACAUAGAAAUUCAAUGUAUGUAUUAACUAUUUAUCAAGAUGCUGAAAAUAAUCGAGCAUAUUUUUCAUCAAUAAAUGCUUUUACUUCAAUUAAUUCUCCAUCAUUAAGUUUUGCUAUAACAGCUGCAAAUCAAAUAACUCGUGAACAUUCAGAUUUACUUAGUUAUGGUGUUAAAAUGUAUAGUAUUCAUACAAAAGUUUUUCAAGAACUUUUACUUGUAUUUAAAACAAAUCGUUUUAUGAUGAUAAAUCCAUUGUGCUUUGAACAAGAUGAUCUUCUUGAAGAUUUUCGGUUUGAACCAUAUAUAUCAUAUUUACGUAAUGGAGACUUAUCAUUAUCUACAACAACCACAAAUAAUAUUGAACCAACUGUUGGUAAUUUAAUGACUCUUCCACCAUAUAGUAUUGACGAUCUUUUAACACCAAAUAGUUCUUUAACAAAUAUAACUGGUUUACCAAAUGGUGAUACUGCACGUUCUUUACUUGCAAGUCAUGAUGUUAAUAAAUCUACUAAUCGACAUUCACUCCCAUCAACAAUGAAUAAUACACUACCAACAAAUAAUCCACUUCAUGGUCUUUUAUUUGGAAAUACAACAGCAUUUGAUGCUGUAACUAUUCAACAACAACCACAAGGAUCUUCAAAUGUAACAAAUAGUAUAUUUCAAUCAUCAUUUGAUCUUGAUGAUAAAGAAGUUGCUGAAAGUAUGUCCCAUACAACAAAUUAUCCACUUCAAUUUGAAGCAUUACCUAAUGAUGAACAUGAUGAUGUAGGUACUGUAUUUAUGCCAAUAAAAACAAAUGGUGAUGAUGAACCAGUGGAAUAUUUUUAA